GUGGCGUUGGGCGGCCAUCCCCCUUCCUCCCUGCACCCUGGGGAGCUCGGGCUGCAGACGCCAUGGCCUCACUGGGCUCUGCAUACCGCACCACCAGCAGCUAUGGCCAAGGCCAUGGUGAGCCUUGCUUCGAGGGAGACCGGCGGCAUAGCCACUUCGGGGCACGGGCACAUGAGGCUUUCGGGUACCCAGGGUCCCCGGGUGCCAUGUAUCCCUGUAGCCUGGGAACCUGGGUGCAUGCCCAAGGUGACACCUAUCAGGUGGUGGCCGACGUCAGCCAGUUUGAGCCUCCUGACAUCAUUGUGACCACCUCCAACUGCCAUGUCUCCAUCCAGGCUGAGAAGGUGGCUGAGGACGGCACCAUCUGUGACACCUUCACCCACAAGUGCCAGCUGCCCGAGGACAUGGACCCACUGUCAGUGAGCUGUGCCCUGACUGAAGCUGGCACGCUGGUUAUCACCGCCCAGCGCCGCCCCGGUGCCCACCCUGGUGAGCCCUCCCAGCCACGGUACCGCAGUGAGGCCACACUGUGACCCAGCACCAGGAACAGGGGGAGACAUUGACACCAAGCCUAGUGCCAGUGCCAGGCUCAGCUGCUGCCUGCUGGCUGCGCUUGCUUGGGCCCCUCAGCACUCUGGCUCUGUUUAUAAAGUCCUUUUAUUAAAUUAAUAUAAAAA